AUGAUGGCAGGCCUCACCCCCGUCCACUUCUUCUCGCACGGCUCAACCAUGAUGCUGGGCGAGGAGUCCGAGAGUGCCGACUACUGGAAAAAAUGCGGCGACGAGGCUCUCGCCCGCAACAUCAAAGGCGUGGUCAUCAUGGGCGCCCACUGGGACUGUCUCAACGACCGAAUCGAACUCGCCACAAACCCCAGCCCCGGCAAAAGUCCCGUCGCCUACGUCCACCCGGACAAAUACGUCAACUACACCCUAAACCCCGACCUCCCGACAACAACCCGCUGCAUCUCCCUCCUCGCCAAGGAAGGCUUCAACGUCAGCGGAAACGACACCUUCGACUGGAUCCACGACGUCUACCUUAUCCUCAUCCGCAUGUUCCCCAACGCCUGCCCACCGACCACCCUCAUCUCCGCCAACGCCCGCUACGACCCACAUUUCCACAUGAAGAUCGGGGCGACCCUGCGCCCGCUGCGGAAGGAGAAUUACCUCUUUAUUGGAACCGGUGGUGCCGUUCAUAAUCUGUAUCGGAAUCGGUGGGCGCCUAUGUUGCGCUUCCGUGAUAAUUUCGCGAUGGAGACACCGCCUGAAGACUGGGCGUUGGAGUUUCGUCAGGCGGUUGAGGAUGUUCUUACCAAGACUUCGGGUAUGCAGUUAAGGAGGGCUAUGACAAGGUUGAUGAAACAUCCCCGGUUUCGGGAUGCUCAUGCCACCGAUGAUCAUUUUAUGGCGGCGAUGUUUGUGGCGGGUGCCGCCGGGGAUGUUGAGGAUGAGAAGACGCCUGGUGUGAUGGGGGCGGAGAGUUGGGAGUUGACGAAUAUGUGUAAUUCGCAAUUUACGCUGGGGCGAUGGCAGGAUGCUGCUGCGUAG